AUGCUGCCGCUUGAGCCCAGACUAAUGGCUGAACUGAGCACGGAGGUUUCAGAUUUCAGGAAUAACAGCAUCGUGUAUUUCUCUGACGCGAUCACUGAUGAAAAUGAAGAAAUAUCUCCGUCUAACUUAAAAGAUAAGGACGUCAGUGUUAGUGAGAUAAAAAGCGACCCAGAGGGAGGUGUGUCCAAAAAGCGGGUGAGGUUUUUGCCUGAAGGAUGUUUAGUUAAUGUACGUGAAAUACCAGCAAGGAGUGAAAGCCCGUCAAAUAGAUCUGAAAGCUCUAGCGGCGACUCCGAUUCUGAAUCGGAUGACUUCAGUUAUGAGUCUGAUUCAGACAAUGAAAACGACGACGACGGUUGUUUAAGGGCGCCAUCUUCGCCGUUAACUGACACAACAAUAUUGAGAUCGGCCACCGUAAUCAGUGAAACGUCGAAAUUCACAGUGUCACGCAAAGUGGGAAAGCCAGUAUCCAGACAUUCUGAAACGGCUGUUAUAAGAAGUGAGCAUUUGACUACACAAACUAGCUCUAGUCCUGCUCAGAUACGAACAAAACAUAAAUCUAAACCUCGUAUAAGAACUCGCCAGGCAAGUAAACCUGUUGAAACCGAACUAAACGACAAUAAGCCCAUUGCUAAUGUAAAAAGGCGGAAGCCGGCAAAGAAAACCACAUUAUCUCUAGAAAAACAGCUGAACCAACGCCAGUCGUUUGCUAAACUGGCAUCCCGCCAGCAGUCUGCUAAAAAUGUAAACAGACGGGCGUCUCAUAAAACUGCUAAUGGCGCUGAUAUAAUGUUUGCACAACGAAGAAUCAGCAGUGCCAGAUCAGAUAGUCGAUCUACCUCAAAGAAUGGCAAUUUGGCAGCAGUUUCUCGUACCUUACUACCAGUUUUGCACACAGCAGUAGAUGCUCACCGCGACACGCAAGACGGUCACAUAAUAACGACACUACAAUUGCUUUCUGUCGGAAAUGUACAGUCAGUCAAUGGGUUCACAUUCCCAGCCCAUCAAACGUCAAUAGUUCAUUUCCCGCAGAUUCUACUGAACAACGAUAAACAGCAGUCCAUCAUUCUCCCAGCAUUGAACAAAGGAGAUAUCAAUCGACAAGCUUCUAAAGAAUAUCACUUCCAGCAAACAUACGAUGAUACAAACAACACGCAAGUGACAUUACGGCCAUCUAGUAGCAAUAAACGGUCUUAUGCAUGGCAGAUGGCCAAUGGGAACGUUCCAGUAUCUCUCCAGAGCACGCCAAGCAUUGCACAGCUCUGGGACAACGAACAUGAAGUUUCUGGGCGUCUUUUUACAAAUGCUUACCAGUCUGCUUCUGUGGCAAGAGUCAUAUCUAGUAACAUUGUUAGAAAAUUAUAG